GUCAUGUCUGGCAGAGGGAAAGGAGGCAAAGGACUGGGCAAAGGCGGAGCCAAGCGGCACCGUAAAGUGCUCCGUGAUAACAUCCAGGGCAUCACCAAACCGGCCAUCCGGCGUCUGGCUCGCCGUGGCGGCGUCAAGCGGAUCUCGGGUCUGAUCUACGAGGAGACCCGCGGGGUGCUGAAGGUUUUCCUGGAGAAUGUGAUCCGGGAUGCGGUCACCUACACUGAACACGCCAAGCGCAAGACGGUCACUGCCAUGGAUGUGGUGUACGCUCUGAAACGCCAGGGCCGCACUCUCUAUGGCUUCGGCGGCUGAAAAACUCCCACUUCCUCCCGAGAACAACACAAAGGCUCUUCUAAGAGCCACC